GUGAGAGUAGAAUUAGGGCACUUCUAAUUGGACACCAUACUAAUUUUUUACUCCUGCACUGGACUCCACUCAUUUUCUACAGAGAAAAAGAGAGAGAGAGAGAGUACUGCAAUGGCGAUGGUAAUGGGAGCGACUGCUACACACGAGAAAAAGGGCCAGUUUCUGAAAGGACAGCACGCAUAAAUAGUGUUUCUCUCUCUCUCUACUGUGUGUAUCCUCUUCGUGGUGUGGUGGGCCUGCCACUAUAAUUCCCCUUUUAUUCCCUUCCUCACACUCACAGAGGGGAGGAAAACCCUAAUUUUAAUUCGUACGACUGAGACUGCGAUGUUUGCUCUACUACCACUUCAAUGACUGGUCUCCUCAUGGAAGGCCUUAACUCUAGCCCUAAUUUCGGGUCCGCUCUCCCGUACCGUCUCUUUCCUCCAAGAUCCAUAGUUUGAGGCUUGAAGCUAUGGUUAAGAGAUCGCUUAGAGAUGGGGAGAGAAGGAAGGAGGUGAAGCAGAGGCAAGAGGAGGAAGAGGAGGAGGAAGAGGAAGAGGGAGAGAGGGUAGAGAGAGAAGAGGAUGAGGAAGAAGAGAGAAAGAAGAGAGCAGCUACUGGGGUUGGAGGAGGAGUGAGAAGGGGGAUGAAUUUGCAGGUCCCGUGUUGCCAAGCUGAUAAGUGUGAAGUGGAUCUGAGGAUGGCUAAGAGGUACCACAGGCGCCAUAAGGUUUGUGAGGCUCACGCUAAGGCAUCGGUGGUCUUGGUUUGUGGGAUCAACCAGAGGUUUUGCCAGCAAUGUAGCAGAUUCCAUGAUCUCUCUCAGUUCGAUGAGGCCAAAAGGAGCUGCCGCAGUCGUUUGGCUGGCCACAAUAAGCGCAGAAGAAAGACGGUCUCUGAAGCUCAGGCUGAAAGCAAGAAAAUGUCCAAACAUGCUAAGGAGAACACUUGUAGGCAUUUGGAUCGCCAAGAUACACUACAAGGAGGCCCUAACUUCAAACAUUUUCAGAUAAGGUAAAACCUAAUGACCCAGAAGCUUUGGGCCACUUAUCUCAAAGCUGCAGGGUAUUUGCACAAACAGCUAUACCACAUUGAAUGCAAUUUAGGAGACCAAGAUAUUGUCGUAAAGCUUGGACUAAGAUCUCCUUAUCGGUCACAUUGAAGCUCAAAGUUGUUGGACAAACUCAUAUUUAGGAGGCGGGGACCAAUAUUUUUGGUCUUCAUUCCUCACUGUUUAUCUUGUGACGGAGACCCCAUUCCUCUGCUAUUGACCAGAGGUUAGAGGGGUUUAUAGGUACAUAUAGACUGUAAACAUGGAGGUGAGGCUUUGUAAGAUGCGGAUCAGUUGAUAUUUCUGUUCUAUUUAUUGUUGGUAGAUGCAGUCAACAAUUGAGGACAUGGUGAAUUAUGCAGUUUUCUGGCUCUUUUAUCUUAUAAGUUCUGAUGGUUUUUUU